CGCACUGCUGUGUGUACGCAUGGCAGAGCGUGUUUCCGGUAUAACGUGUGUGUUGAUCGGUGCUCAGCCCUUUUUCCCCCUCGGCUUCCCGUAGAACAGUCACUCACUUCAGGGUCCCUGCUCCCUCACCUGGUCACCCCCUCAACGGCGUUACUCCUCUACCCGGCGGACAUGGCAUCUGUUUCGGCACCAGCUCAGGCGGCCCCCUCUCCGUCUGCUCAUCUGCAGCGGGGGAUCGUGAAGAUGGUCUUGUCGGGCUGUGCUAUCAUUGUGCGGGGCCAGCCUCGAGGCGGCCCGCCCCCAGAGCGGCAGAUCAAUCUCAGUAAUAUCCGAGCGGGGCCCAUGGCCCGCCGAGCCGCUCAGGGCCAGCCCGACACCAAGGACACUCCCGAUGAGCCGUGGGCCUUUCAAGCCAGAGAGUUCCUGCGGAAGAAGCUUAUCGGCAAAGAAGUUUGCUUCACAGUGGAAAUCAAGACCGCACAGGGCAGAGAGUACGGCAUGGUCUACCUGGGGAGAGACACAACAGGCGAGAACCUCGCUGAGUCUUUGGUGAACGAGGGCCUCGCCACAGUCCGCAGGGAAGGAAUCCGAGGGAACAAUCCAGACCAGGCCAGACUGUGUGAAUGCGAGGACCAGGCAAAGUCUGCCAAGAAGGGCCAGUGGAGCGAGGGCGGCGGCUUGCACACCAUCCGGGACAUGAAAUACACCAUAGAGAAUCCCCGCAACUUCGUCGACUCCUUGCAUCAGAAACCUAUUAACGCCAUCAUCGAGCAUGUGCGUGACGGCAGUGUUGUUCGUGCCUUGCUGCUCCCCGACCACUACCUGGUCACCGUCAUGCUGUCUGGAGUUAAGUGUCCCUCGUUCAGGCGGGAACCGGAGGGCGGGGAGACACCAGAGCCGUUCGCAGCAGAGGCCAGAUUCUUCACCGAGUCCCGGCUCCUGCAGAGAGACGUUCAGAUCGUCCUGGAGAGCUGCCCCAACCAGAUCAUACUGGGCACCAUCCUUCACCCGAACGGGAACAUCACAGAGCUCCUGCUGAAGGAAGGGUUCGCCCGCUGCGUGGACUGGUCCAUGGCCGUUUACACCCAGGGAGCCGAGAAACUCCGAGCUGCCGAACGGUCUGCUAAAGAGCGCAAGGUCCGCAUCUGGAAGGACUACGUGGCGCCCACAGCCAACUUGGACCUGAAGGACAGACAAUUUGUAGCCAAGGUGAUGCAGGUGGUAAACGCUGACGCCAUGGUGGUGAAGCUCAACUCCGGGGAAUACAAGACCAUCCACCUGUCCAGCAUCCGGCCCCCAAGGAUUGAGGGAGAGGAAAAGAACAAGGACAAAGACAAACGUUUCCGUCCCCUGUAUGACAUCCCCUACAUGUUCGAGGCCCGAGAGUUCAUGAGGAAGAAGCUCAGUGGUAAAAAGGUCAACGUGAUGGUGGACUACAUCAGAGCAGCCACCGGCCCAGGAGAAGGCACCCCGGCCUUCUCAGAACGCACCUGUGCCACAGUCACAAUCGGCGGCAUUAACAUAGCAGAGGCUCUGGUCAGUAAAGGCCUCGCCACGGUGAUCAGAUACAGACAGGACGACGACCAGCGCUCCUCCCACUACGACGAGCUGCUUGCUGCAGAGGCUCGGGCCAUCAAAAACGGGAAAGGCCUCCACAGCAAGAAGGAGGUUCCUAUCCACAGAGUGGCUGACAUCUCUGGGGACACACAGAAAGCCAAGCAGUUCCUGCCCUUCCUGCAGAGGGCCGGCCGGUCAGAAGCGGUGGUCGAAUACGUCUUCAGCGGCUCCCGCCUCAAGCUGUACAUGCCCAAAGAAACCUGCCUCAUCACGUUCCUCCUUGCCGGUAUCGAGUGUCCACGCAGCUCCAGAAACACGCCCGGGGGCGUGCAGGUGGCCGAGCCCUUCAGCGAAGAGGCCAUGCUGUUCACCAAAGAGCUGGUGCUGCAGAGGGAGGUGGAAGUUGAAGUGGAAAGCAUGGACAAAGCAGGGAACUUCAUUGGCUGGCUGCACGUCGAGGGUGUGAAUCUGUCGGUGGCGCUGGUGGAAAACGCUCUGUCCAAGGUCCACUUCACAGCGGAGCGCAGCGGCUACUACAAAACCCUGGUCUCAGCAGAGGAGGGGUGCCGACUGAGGAAAGAAAAGGUCUGGUCCAACUAUGAGGAGAAACCAGUCGAGGAGGUUGUGCACGUGAAGGAGGAGAAGGAACGCGUGGAACACUACAGACCAGUAUUCGUCACGGAGAUCGCCGACACCCUGCAGUUCUACGCCCAGGACGUAGAGACAGGAGCCCAGUUGGAAAGUCUGAUGGAGACCAUGAGGGCAGAGAUCGCCGCCCAGCCUCCAGUGGAAGGAUCCUACGCCCCGCGCCGAGGGGACCACUGCAUAGCCAAGUUCGCUGAUGGUGAAUGGUACAGAGCCCGGGUGGAGAAAGUUGAGUCGCCGGCGAAGGUGCACGUCUUCUACAUCGACUACGGCAACAGAGAAGUGGUGUCGUCCACCCGUCUAGCUGUCCUGCCCCCCGCCUUCAGCACCAGGACCCUGCCAGCACAGGCCACCGAGUAUGGCUUCGCCUUCAUCCAGGUCCCACAGGACGACGACGCCCGUGCGGACGUGGUGGACUGCGUGGUGCGGGACAUCCAGAACAGCCAGUGCCUGUUGAACGUGGAGUACUCGGGGGCCACCUGCCCACAGGCCACGAUACAGUUCGGGGACACCAAGAACGACGUCGGCCUCGGGCUGGUCAAAGAGGGAUACGUCAUGGUGGACGUCCGCAAGGAGAAGUACCUGCAGAAAAUUGUGACAGAAUAUCUGAACAGUCAAGAAGCUGCUAAGAGGGACAGGCUCAACAUUUGGCGCUACGGAGACUUCCGCGCCGACGAUGCUGACGAGUUUGGAUACCGGCGUUAAAGAGGGAAACGAGUAAAACCCACCAUCCAAUCAACACCAUUCCAAAGACCAACAUGGACGACGCGUGACGGACAGAAGAAACCGUUAGGGAAAUUAUGAGAAACUAAACGACAAGCAUCGACUCACUAUUCUUUAUUAUUUUUUUGUUAUUUGUGUUUUGACAUUUCAUCCCUCCAGUCCUGUCUUCUCUGCUGCUCUUACUUUCUCAGCUCGCCCCGGCAGCGCCACAUAGAUCAUGCUAGCAAUGCUGAAAUAAUAAAAAAUAAAAAUGAAAUCAUCCAAGAAUCACUUUCUAUUCAUCCUUUAUCUUCCCGAUGGGCCACUGCCAGCUCAAGCAGCCUGCACUAUUUGCCAUGUUACCCUUUCAACACACUUUUUUCUGAAUCAUAACUACAGUAAUCAUGUGUGUGUGUGUUUUUUCAGCCAAUCCUAUUCCUUGCUCUCUGAUGCUCUAAACCAAUCCCUGCUUCCCUCUGUACAGGAAGUGGCUGGAGGUUUUUGGGGGAGGACACUUAAUUAUUUACAAACAGUUACGCUUCCCUAAUGAACUUCAUGUAAAUGUAAGGAUAUCUCAAAGUGUACAUUGAUUUAUUUUAGAGAAAUACUGCAGGUGGAGUCACACAGACAAAACAAAACAAACAGGAUGAGUUUAUUUUUGUCUUCAGUGUUUUGUCUGUGUGACGAUGAAAUCUGCGCAUGUAUCUGUGGGGAGUGUUUUGUCGUUUCUUCACUAUGUCACACUUUUAUGACCAGUAAAAUAUUGGUGCCAUCACGUGGCAUUUUAUCAUCUUUCUCCUUCUGUCAAGUUUACAUUCUUAAUAAUGGUUAUGAUCCUGUCUCUGUACGCCAUAGCAGAAGAAGUGUUUGAAUUUAUUUCCACGUAAUGGACCUUUGCAUUCUAUUAAAAAUUCUGCUGAAUAAAAAUUAA